AUCAACUCUCUCAACAAUCUUCACGAUGUUUCAGGGUCAUUAGCUAUCCUCGAAGGCCCUCAUCCCCAAAUCCCCAUCUGACAAACCAAGCGAUCUCCCAAGGAAGUGGAAGACGGACGCCACCUCCGCAUUUUCCAGUUCCACUAACAAGGAGCCCUGGUUCUGGAGAAGGACGUCUAGCUUCCUAGAUAUGGAUUUUGAUUUGAAAGAUCCAUUGUGGCGGCCAAGUAAGAAAAAUUUACACAUGAUCUUGUAAAAAAGAACGGCAGCAUCAAGAUCUCUCCUGGGGACAAUGCUGUCUACGUCCAGCUACCAGGUGAGGUUGAAACAGGAUGCUGUGCCAAGAAAGUCAAGACGGUCCCACAAGACGCCAAUUCACACUUUGGGCUAGCGCUCCACUGCCUGCCUGCCUGCCUGCAAGCACGGGCCAAACUCUAUUUGGUCGCCGCUCAUAGGUAGGCGUGCCAGGGACCACCUCGCCAGCCUCAGACAUCUACUUCAGGGACCGAUCAAAACAUCCGCCAAAUUUUCUGCAGGUACUUACUUUCAAGAAGAGUGGAAAGAAACGACCACCGGCAUACCAUCUUCAUAACAGCGGAUACAUAAAAACACACGCCAUGGAGACCUCAACGCCCCGAGUUACCUGCGCCUACCUCAACUCAUACGUCGGCAGGAAUGUUAUGGUCGUGGGCAAAGUUGCCCAAAUCCGCGGUGAAGACGCCAUCAUCGACGCCGACGGCAACAUCUCUUGCAAGCUGAAUCGCGAUGCCCACCUGGUCCCGGGCAACGGUGUCCAAGUCAUUGGCAAAGUAAACCCAGACCUGUCAGUCAAAGUCCUCAGCUCCCUUGACCUGGGCACGGGCGUUGACUACAACCUUGCCAACACAGUGGUGGAGAUAACACAUCAGCACAAGAACUUGUUUACCAACGAGUAGACGUCAUACUGAACUUAAUAGAGCAUAUACCUAUUUUUUUUCUUUUUUUUCUCUUUUUUUCUUUUCUUUUCUAGCAACUCGAGAUCGGAGAUCCUUUCAUGGAAGCAUGACUCGACUAUUUUUUUUUGGUGUGGCUCAUAGAUAAUGGCAAAUAGAGCUAUUGGCUUGCUGAUAAAUCUAUACAUUCUCUCAAACUGUUGGGAACACACAGA